AUGUCAUUUAUUUUAGUUCUUAUGAUGGAAGCAAAAUCACAACAUAAACGUCGUUUAACAUCAAUUUUUAAUGCGACAAAAAUUUUACGUCGUCGUUAUCAAUCGAACGGGGCAACGAUAUUAUUUUCAAAUUCAACUUCAAAACUUCGAACAUCACCAAUUAACAAUGAUUUAUCAUUAGAACAGUGGACAACUGAUUUUCAACAUACAUCAGCUAAUAUGGAUAAUAAACAUUAUUUUGGUCUCUAUCUAGUAAGAAUUAAACAUGGUUUAGUUUUAUUUGCAUUACUAUUAACAGCUGUCCAGGGUAUCAUUUAUUUGAUAUUCUCAUUAUUAACAGAAAAAAAUGUAUCACAACUUAUUCUUGAACUUGUUCUAUUUUCUUCUAUAUCUUUAAUAUCAAUUAUAUUUGUUUUAUUAUUACAACGUGAAAAAUUUUUUCAAUCUCAUUCACAAUUAUUUUGUAUAUCUAUUUGGAUACUAUUAACUCUUUUCUCUAUUAUACCCAUUAUAUUACAUCGAUAUACAUCUCUUAUUCGUCUAAUGGCAUUAGUAACAUUUUCAAUUGUAUCAAUUCAUACAACAUUGCCUAUUCGACGAUCUUGGACAGUUUUAACAGCAUUAUUAACAUCUUUAAUUCAUAUUGGUGUAGUUAUUGGUACACAUUAUACAAAAACACCAUAUACAAUGCAGUUUAAAUUAGAGGUUGUUUGUUUAUCAUUAUUUUUUAUUGCUAGUAAUUUUUUUGGUUUUUGUCAUCGUUAUUUAACGGAUGUUCAUCAAAAUAAAACAUAUCAAAAUACUAUGCGUUGUAUUGAAGCACGUUUAAAAUUAGAACGUGAAAAAGAACAACAAGAACGAUUAAUAUUAAGUGUAAUACCAGCACAUAUAGCAAUUAAUAUGAAACAAGAAAUGUUAAGAAAAGUGAAAGAAACAGCUAAAUAUCAUUUUCAAUCAAAUUAUAAUGAAAAAUCGAAUGCAAUAACAAAAAAAAUAAAUAUUAGAAAAGCAACAUUCCACGAUUUAUAUAUUAAAAAACAUGAAAAUGUUAGCAUUUUGUAUGCAGACAUCGUGAAUUUUACACCAUUAUCAGAAAAAUUUUCACCACCAGAACUUGUACAAAUUUUAAAUAAACUUUUUGGAAAAUUUGAUCAACUUGCACAGGAAUGUGAUUGUAUGCGUAUAAAAAUUCUUGGUGAUUGCUAUUACUGUGUGAGUGGUUUGCCAAUAUCUAGACCAAAUCAUGCUUCAAAUUGUGUACGAAUGGGUCUGAAAAUGAUUGAUGAUAUCAAAUUUCUGACAUGGGGAGCGGGUCUUAAGCUAUGUCAUGUAAGUUGUCGUUGGAUAAAUAACAUACAUUUAAGUUAUAUAUAUCGCUUGCGCAUAGGACGUGUUCUUUGCGGUGUGUUGGGAUUACGAAAAUGGCAAUAUGAUACAUGGUCUGAUGAUGUUACAUUAGCUAAUCAUAUGGAAGCGGGUGGUGUACCGGGACGAGUCCAUAUUUCAAAAGAUACACUCAUGAAUUUGGGCGAUGAAUUCGAUGUUGAACCUGGAAAUGGUCAAGAACGUGAUGCAUACCUUGCUGAACAUAAUGUUCAAACAUAUUUUAUUGUUCCACGAGAAGAACCACAAUCUCAAAGUAACAUUAUGAUGAAUGGUAGUGAUACAAAGAAGAUGAGUAAAAAAAUGCAAAAAUUACUGGAUACAUGGUCAAAUGAAGCACCAUUUUCGGAACGUGUUGCUGGUAAUGAUAAAGCAGAAGCAUCAAAAAGUUUUGUUUUACUUGAAGACAGUCUACGGCCAUUGGCUUGUUCAUUCAACUGUGGUUCACGACAAAGUACAAAUGAUCUUGAUUUUUUGACGUUACAAUUUAAACCCCGUGAUGAAAAAACAAUGGAAGAAAAUCAUGAAGAAAAUCAAACAGCCACAGAGACAAUGUUUCGUUCAUUACCAGAAUUACGUUAUCGUUAUUACGUUAUUAACGCUGCAUCUCUAUUCUUUACCAUUAUUACUAUACAAGCAUUAAUAUUAGAAAAAAAUUCACUUUAUUAUGUUGUUGUUAUUGGUGGAUUAUGUACAUUUUCAUUAGCUGCCGUAUUGUGCGUGUUUGAUCUAUCUAAAUUUAAACGAAAUUACCAUCAUUCUUUACUUAAACGCUCAACAUUUUUAGUAACACAUUAUUAUUUCGUUCGUCUUCCAAUGACGUUAAUGCUUAUUAUUGUAUGUGUAUUGUCACCGUUUGCCACCACUUGGAAAACAUCCCAACAUUCAAAUUUGUCAACAACUCACCCACAUAUGUUAUCAAAUAUUAACAUUUCAUUCGAAAAUUUUAAUCAGACUACAGUUUGGUCAACUAAUUCGCUGUCGAUCGUAGCUCCUGUUUCACCAUCUGUUACAUUUGAAUUAUGUCCCCAUUUUGAAUUUCAUAUAUUCUUACUACAAUUAGCCGUAUUAACGAUUUCAUCAUUUAUGCAUUUAUAUUUUUUACAUAAAGCAUUUAUUAUGAUUUUAACCGUAUCGUUUCGACUUGAUCUUUUAUGGACGGUUAAAUUUCAAAAUGAAAAGCAUGAAGUAGAAACAAUCAGUACAAUAAGUAGACUAUUGUUAGAAAACAUUUUACCAAAACAUGUAGCAGAAAUUAUUAUCAAAGAAAACAUGAGUCAGGGACUUUAUCAUGAAAGUUACGAUAAUGUUGCUGUGAUGUUUGCAUCCAUACCAAAUUUUAAAGAAUUUUAUGUGCAAUCAGAUGCGAAUAACGACGGAUUAGAAUGUUUACGUUUAUUAAAUGAAAUAAUUGCCGAAUUUGAUAAGCUAUUAGAAAAAAACAAAUUUAGCUAUGUGGAAAAAAUAAAAACCAUCGGCAAUACCUAUAUGGCAGCAGCUGGUCUUAAUCCUGGUGCUGAACAUCGAAUGACACGUGAGCGCUAUAAUCAAAAUGUUGUUGCUUUAGCGGAAUUUGCAUUUGCCAUGAGUUCUGCUCUUGAUGCAAUUAAUCGUGAUUGUUUCAAUGAUUUUAAACUUAGAGUUGGAAUGUGUAACGGACCGGUAGUAGCAGGAAUUGUUGGUGCAAAAAAGCCUCAGUAUGACAUCUGGGGUAACACUGUCAAUGUUGCAUCACGAAUGGAUAGUACCGGUGUAUUAGGUGCUAUUCAUGUACCUGAAGAAACUCAACGAAUAUUAUUUGAACACGGUUAUGCAUGUGAAUGUCGUGGACCAAUUUUUGUUAAAGGCAAAGGAAAUAUGACAACAUAUCUAAUUCGUCCAAGAGGCUAUGUACAAAAGAGAGUUCCCGCCAACGAUUUAUCAGGCAAUCCAUAA